AUGUCUUUACCCGAUAUUGUUUUCAAUAAAAUCUAUCGAAUUGUCGACACCAUACCAUAUGUUGGCACUAUUUAUGCAGUUUCAAGAGCAGUCUGGUAUGGUUUUCAAGAUGAUGUAAAAGAAGUUGCAAUUUCUGCAGUAAAUGCUGUUCAAGGAACAAUAGGAGAUAUUUUUUUGUUUAGAAGAAUCGCAGAACCAUUCAAAAUUUCAGUUAUACGCACAAUGAUGCAAAAUGAUGCAAAAUGCAUCAGAUAUGGUAGUAGAAGAAAAAAAAACACAAUGGAAACAUGUUUUGAAGAAAUGUGGCAUCGAGCAAUCGUACAUGGAUCAUCAUAUUCGGGAGUUGUCACAUAUGAUCCUUACAUGAAUAAAAACAUGAUUGUUAUUGCAUUUCCCAAUGGAUUAAAUCUCAAUACACCCUUUGGAAAAUUAAAUUUAUUUAUUGCCGAUAAAUAUAAUAAUAUCGUCGCAACAUCAGAAUUACAAAUAAACAUAGCAAAUAAUAUUCGAUAUAUCAUAUCAAAUAAUCAAUAUAUCUCUGUUGAAAAAAUCGAUAACGAAUAUAAAUUAGUAUUGAAAAAUAGAAAUAUAAUAGAUAAAUUAUAUUCACUUUUUUACUUUGAUGUAAACAGAAUAAUAAUAUAUUUAAAAACAGGUUUAGCAUUCACAUUUGAUAUCAGUCAAAAAACUUACGAAAUUAAAUUGAAAAAUAUAAACUUUAAAAAAGAUAAACAAAAUUCACAACUUUGGGAAGUUGAUUUUUUUAAAGAUAAUCAUUAUAGACUGAGAUCUUUUGUUAGUACUCAACGACAAAGAAUGUUUUGUAUUGGUGAAGAUUUACAUAUGUGGGAUUUUGUAAAUUAUCUUUGGAAUUUAGAAAAAGUUAAUUUUGUUGAUGAAUAA